AUUUCCGGGAUUUCGUAGAAGUGGUUUCACAGAAGCCCAUGGUCCACGGCUGAAACAGUACGCCCUCAAACAUUGGGCAGCGAUGUUAAGAGCAGCAAGACAUCCGGUUUCGUGAAUCUUUGCCUUCUGUGCUUCCGCUUGACGCUGUGAACUGGUCGGAAUGAGUUUACAGAGUUGUCAAACAGCGGAUCAUCGGCGAGAGUGCAGCCGGUUACUGUUGAACAUUAAUGCUGUUUGGGACAGGAUCGCACAUUGACGGAAAGAUUCUUGCUACAGUUUGGUGUUAUAAACAAGGCUUGUCUGAUUUGGUAAGUUGUCUGACUUCGGUAGUUGUUUUUAUUCAAGUUUGGCGCAGUGCUUGUGCUUCACCCACUUUUUCACAUCCAUUAGUCGUUGUGUGCCAGAAGAUCCUGCUUCGCAACAUUCUGGUUAGUCGGCUGUGGACAUGUGAGCAGGCACUUCUGCCUGAACUGAGUUUUUGUGAGAACCUCAGACCAACUGCUGAAGAUUGAGGUGACUGUCGACAUCUUCCGAAUUUGCCAGGAUGCCUAUUCCUCCUCCUCCCCCUCCGCCUGGACCUCCACCAGCCCCCACCUUUAACCAGGCAAACACCACAGCUCCGAAACUUCAUCGAGAUGAAGCGAAAGGAAGAGGAGCUCUGCUGUCAGACAUCUGCAAAGGCCCCAAACUGAAGAAGACCACUGUGGUCAAUGACAGAAGUGCACCCAUAAUUGAAACUCGAGGUGGAGGUGGAGGUGGAGGAGGCGGAGGAUUUGGAGGUGGUUCUGGACCAAUGGGAGGGCUGUUCAGUGGAGGAGUGCCCAAACUACGACCAGUCGGAGACAGCUCCGUAGGAAGGUCAGCGGUGCGGCCGCCUGGCUCUAGGCCUGCAGUACCUCGUGCGCCGGGUCAUUCUGAACCAGACGGCUCCAGUCGCUCCACACCUCCAGAACAGGCACGGAAUCAACGUCCCUCUCUGCCAGACUUCUCCAAACCAUCUGCUGCCAGCAGCUCCUCAAAACCCACCAACUCCGCUCCACCUCCACCCCUACCAUUCGGUCGCGGUGGCAAUCGUGGACCCUCCCCAGGCCAACAGGGUUCUGGGGCACACAGUCGUGAGAAACACUUUCCAGCACCACCUGCAAGCAAGGGGCCUCCACUGCCACCAUCUUCUCCUCGGGAUGGGCCUUCAAGACAUCCCCCCGUUUCAUCUCGCUUCUCUUCAUCCUCCUCCCCUUCCUCAAAUGCACCUCCUCCUUAUCGUCAGCCGACUAAUGCUGCAAAUGGUGACUCGGCCCCUGAGUUACCACAGAGACGAAACUCGCUGAACAAGAGAAGCCAAGCCAAUGCUAACGUCCGUAGCCAGGCUCCCCCUCCUCCAACCCCCGCCCAGCAGAACAGACGACCUGCACCACCAUCACGUGAUCCAGUGGGGCGUAACACAGCUCCUCAGGUUCCUCCUCAUACAUCUCGUAACGGGGUUCGGGAAAUGCCACCCCCUUACCGUGGGCCACAAACAUCUUCUGAACCUCCUAGUCGAGGGAAGCCCCCUCCUCUCUCCUCUACUGGACGCCAGUCUUCAGGACAUGCACCUCCUCCUCCUCCACCUCUCCGCAAUGGACAUGCGUCAUCUGCCCCCAAGUCCUUUUCUGAUGAUUUUGAGUCCAAGUAUUCCUUCCACCCAAUAGCGGACCUUCCCCCGCCUGAAGAAUACAGACCCUUCCAGAAGAUCUAUCCCAGCCAAAACAUCAAGACUUUAGUGAGAGGUGUUCCUCCACUGCCUCCAGUUGGAGGAAGAUGAACACUGUUCAGAGAAGUGAAGGACCACAAAAAACUGACUUAUAAACACAUACACAAACACGUACAUGCGUACACAGUAUGUAUUUAUGUGUGUCUGCCACACAAACAUUAAUUACACUUUCAGAUACAUCUCAAGAUGUGACAUCUUUCAUAGGGCAACACUAUAAACACCUACAUGAUAUCUGACCACUCCAGAAUGCUGUACCUCUAGACCUAAAAACACUGUGCAAUAUUCCUGUGCUGCCUAGAAAUGCACCUUUCAAUAUUUUCUCAGAUGACAGCGCCACAGCAAUGCGAGAGCAUACAACUCCAGUGAACAUGAAGCUUGAUGUGUACAUUACAAAACAAAUUCUUUUUUAUUCAAUGACAAAAUGUGUAGCACUUGUAAAUUAUUGAUGGCUAUGCAUAUCAGACAAUCAUGUCGUUUUAUAUCUUUUUAUUCUUCUUAUUUUCCUUUUAUUUCCAAAUCAGUCAGGAAUGAGUUAAAUUCUGAAAGUGUUUGCUUACACUGCAAAGGCCAUGAAACAGCCUUGUACCUUGUUCAUUCCACAGCUGUGUUUUCCUCCUCACACUACAGAGUAAGAAAAUAUAACGGCCAGUAUGGUCGCGUAGGUUUUAAGAGAAGCUGAUUUUAAAAUAAAUAAUAAUAAUAAUAAAAAUAUUCUUUUUGAAUCU